AUGGGGCAAGAGCAGGAAGAAGAGGAAGAAGAGGAGCAGGUGCAUGAAAGAGACGCAGCAAAUGAGCAAGAAGAAGAAAACCAAGGAAAGGAGAUAAGGGAAACUACAGAAAACAAAGGUAGUAAUGAACAGACGGACGAUGGGAAUAAACGGGGUGAACAAAUACAACAAGAGGAUGAAAACUGGACACAAAUGGACAUGACAGUGAACCGGGAAAGUGAAUUAGACAGAGAAAAACAAAAGAACAAGGAGCAAAACGUGGAAAUUGAAAUGGAAGCUGAAAAUGUAGAAGAAGACAAUUCAGCUAAAUCAAGCAAAAGGAGAAGACCCAUAAAGUUCUAGAUGAGAGCCGAGUUGCCGUGACAACCGUGACGCAUCAUCAGUCAACAAAGAGCAGCACCAAACUCUCAACUCUCUCAACUCGUCUCUUUUAUUGUAAAAGGUUAGUAAAAAUUAUGUAAUUCACGCGCUUUAAUGUC